GGCCAGGAGAUGUACGCGCCGCACUCCAUCCGCCUAGAGGGGGACAUCACCUUGGGCGGCCUCUUCCCGGUCCACGCCCGGGGGCCCAGCGACGCGCCUUGCGGGGACAUCCAGGAGCAGGACGGCGUCCACCGCCUGGAGGCCAUGCUCUACGCCCUGGACCAGAUCAACAGCGACCCCGAGCUGCUGCCCAACGUCACCCUGGGCGCCCGCAUCUUGGACACCUGCUCCCGGGACACCUACGCGCUGGAGCAGUCGCUCACCUUCGUCCAGGCGCUCAUUCAGAAGGACACCUCCGACGUGCGCUGCACCAACGGCGAGCCGCCCGUCUUCGUCAAACCCGAGAAGGUGCUGGGAGUCAUUGGCGCCUCGGCCAGCUCCGUCUCCAUUAUGGUGGCCAACAUCCUCAGGCUCUUCCAGAUACCCCAAAUCAGUUAUGCUUCAACUGCACCAGAGUUAAGUGAUGACCGCCGCUACGAUUUCUUCUCACGGGUUGUUCCUCCGGAUUCCUUCCAAGCACAGGCAAUGGUGGACAUUGUGAAAGCUUUGGGAUGGAAUUAUGUUUCCACCUUGGCUUCUGAAGGCAGCUAUGGUGAAAAGGGCAUGGAAUCUUUUAUACAAAUUUCCAGAGAGUCAGGUGAUCUCUGCAUUGCCCAGUCAUUGAAAAUCCCACAGGAUCGCAAAAACAAGACCUACGAAUUUGAUAAAAUUAUCAAGCUGCUUCUAGAUACACCCAGAGCCAGGGCUAUCAUUGUCUUUGCCUACGAUGAGGAUAUAAAACAAAUCCUUGCAGCAGCAAAAAGGGCUGAUCAAGUUGGUCAUUUUCUGUGGGUGGCUUCAGAUACUUGGGGUUCCAAAAUGACUCCAGUAAUUCAACAAGAAGAUGUUGCAGAGGGAGCAAUCACCAUCCUGCCUAAGCGGGCAACCAUUGAAGGAUUUGAUACCUAUUUUACAUCCCGCACAUUGGAAAACAACAGAAGAAAUGUAUGGUUUGCAGAAUAUUGGGAAGAAAACUUCAACUGCAAGUUAACAAUUAGUGGGUCAAAAAAGGAAGACACGGAUCGUAAAUGCACUGGACAGGAAAGGAUCGGAAAAGAUUCCCACUAUGAACAGGAGGGUAGAGUGCAGUUUGUGAUUGAUGCUGUUUAUGCCAUGGCUCAUGCCCUCCAUCAGAUGAAUAAGGAUCUGUGCAGUGAUUAUUCUGGGAUCUGCCCAGAAAUGGAACAUGCAGGGGGCAAGAAGCUACUGAGAUAUAUACGCACUGUUAACUUCAAUGGUAGUGCUGGCACUCCAGUGAUGUUUAAUAAGAAUGGUGAUGCACCAGGACGUUAUGACAUCUUUCAAUAUCAAACCACAAAUACCUCCAUGCCAGGCUACCAUCUGAUAGGCCAAUGGACAGAUGACCUACAGCUCAAUAUGGAUGAAAUGCAGUGGGGCAAAGGAGUGAAGAAAACCCCUUCUUCAGUUUGCAGUCUUCCCUGUAAACCAGGAGAACGAAAAAGGAUUAUGAAAGGGAUGAGCUGCUGCUGGCAGUGUGAACUGUGUGAUGGUUACCAAUACCAGUUUGAUGAAGUGAGCUGCAAGCUGUGCUCCUACAAUCAACGACCAAAUGAGAAUCGCACUGGAUGUAGCCCUAUCCCUAUUGUAAAGUUGGAGUGGCAUUCACCCUGGGCGGUCAUCCCAGUCUUUCUGGCCAUGCUUGGAAUUAUUGCCACCAUCUUCGUCAUGGCAACCUUCAUUCGGUACAAUGAUACCCCCAUUGUGAGGGCUUCUGGAAGGGAACUUAGCUAUGUUUUAUUGACAGGAAUAUUUCUGUGUUAUAUCAUCACUUUCUUGAUGAUUGCCAAGCCAGAUGUUGCCGUGUGUUCUUUCCGGCGUAUCUUCCUGGGAUUGGGAAUGUGCAUAAGUUAUGCUGCUCUGUUGACUAAAACAAACCGUAUCUAUCGCAUAUUUGAACAGGGCAAAAAAUCAGUGACAGCACCCAGACUUAUUAGCCCAACAUCACAAUUAGCAAUCACAUCAAGUUUGAUAUCAGUACAACUUCUUGGAGUUUUCAUUUGGUUUGCUGUUGAUCCACCAAACAGUAUUAUAGAUUAUGAUGAACAUAAAUCUAUGGAACCGGAUCAAGCCAGAGGCGUCCUCAAAUGUGACAUUACGGAUCUACAAAUAAUAUGCUCUUUAGGGUAUAGCAUUCUCCUAAUGGUUACAUGCACUGUUUAUGCCAUCAAGACUCGGGGUGUCCCAGAGAAUUUUAAUGAAGCCAAACCCAUUGGAUUCACUAUGUACACUACAUGUAUAGUAUGGCUUGCCUUCAUUCCAAUAUUUUUUUGCACUUCCCAAGCAGCUGAAAAGGUCUAUGUACAAACCACCACCCUUACAAUAUCUAUGAACUUAAGUGCUUCAGUGGCCCUGGGGAUGCUUUACAUGCCGAAAGUUUACAUCAUCAUCUUCCAUCCUGAACUAAACGUCCAAAAGCGGAAACGCAGCUUCAAAGCAGUAGUGACAGCAGCCACCAUGUCUUCACGGCUAUCACACAAAACUAGUGACAGGCCCAACGGGGAAGCAAAAACAGAACUUUGUGAAAAUGUAGAUCCAAACAACUGCAUACCACCUGUAAGAAAAAGUGUUCAAAAAUCUGUUACUUGGUACACUAUUCCACCUACAGUAUAG